GCCAACGUUCAAGAUGGCGGACAGACAUGGCCGAGAAGGAAGUUAUUGAUCAUGUUUCUUUUGAAACUGUGGAGUUUCUUAAUUACCAUGGAUGUAAUGAAACCAACUCUGAUAAACAUAGGAGGACGAUGUUACCGAAAAAUGCCGUUUGAGCAGAAAAUCGAGCGUUAUCCUGAACAGGCUUCGAACUCAGGCCAAAGAAAUAACGAAGGUAGGUACAUUAGAUUCAUUCAUACAAAAGAAACAUAGUACAGAAGCGAUGUGACGUUCGAAAGAGGAAUAAAUUUUUUUUAGGUAGAAUUUUUUGCAUUUCUUUGCUUAAUAGCGUACUGUUCUGUAUGUUUGUUGUUGUCAAUGGUGGAUGUUUGUAUUAAAAAAAAAUUUACUUGUAAGUUAGUUUGGAUUUCCUUGUAGGAUGUAAAGCGUAUUGUACGAUCAAUCGUAUUUACAGAUAUCUAUUAUUAUUAUUUUAUUAUUAUUAUGUUUUUAUGAUGAUGAUGAUUAUUAUUACUAUACAUUGAAGUCACUAUCUGUCUUCUCAUUGGCUAAGAGACUAAAAGUGUAGAAAACAGCAUGAAUUGAGGUGGAGAGGCUAAAGAGCUGGACUCACCUCUGUCAGUAAGUCUUGAAAUUUUUCAGAAAAAGUGGGGCCAACUAAAGACCCCCAGCCCAUGGCCAGCCCUCCAACUUCACUGUCCCUGUACACAUAUAUCAUAUUCAAGAGUAGUCUCUAUCUUAACUUAAAAAGUGGGCUAAGUGGUAUGUAGUUAUUCAGCAUGGCAUGUUUUAAGAACAAGAAAUAUGCAUUUGUAAUAGGAUUUACAUAUCACGUAGCGGGCUAACCAAAGAGUAUUCAAUGAACACUAUUCUGAAAUGGUAUUGUACGGUAUAAGCCAACAGAAAUGAGUUAGUUAAGAGAACAUCAUGUACUUGUCACUUGCAGAGGAGGUAACGUUGGAUGAUGAAGCUUGCGACACAUUUGGUUUGGUUGAAAAAACUGAUGAAGGUUAUAAGCUGUCGAUGGAAAUGCCAAGUUCGCUCCAUCGAUUUAUUAUUGGAAGAAGAGGGGAAACAAAGAGGAAGAUAGAGAAAGACACUGGUACACGUAUUUGGAUUCCUAGACAGGGCCAGGAGGGAGAUGUAGGUGAGACCUUUUAUCAGAUUUAUAUUAUACUAAAGUCAAAACCCACAUAAGAGACCACUCAAAAUGCCAAAAUUUGCUGGUUGCUUGUGAGAAAGUUUUUACUACAGUACAGAACUUUGACUACUGGGUAAACAGAGUUUGGCAUUUACACUGUAGUUUAGAUGGUUGCUGAUGGAGUUUGACUGUAUUUAUUUUUGUGCCACAAAUAUAAUGUCCCUACAGACCCAUUUGACAGUUCCUUUGAUUAAACUCAUAGAUUGAUACUGAUUUCCCAUGGUAACAACCGACAAAGAUAAUUUUGUUUUUAAAUGAGUUUUAUUUUUGGUGAUUAACCCAUUCGCCCCUGAACCGCCCAUAACUGCCCGUUCGGAUCCAGGUCCUUUCUACCCUUUGUGACGUCAUCAGUUUUAACGGUCAAGGACAACUUUCUUCGCUAACUUGUGCAGAGUGAAGAGAUCUUUCAAACCAUACCAGAAUGAGCACAAUUCAGUCAAGGACACCGGAGAAAGAAGCAAAAAACCACGUGACAAGGACCUGAAAAUCUCCAUGAAAAUCUUGUUCCAUUACCCACCUACCUUUCCUUUCACCUAAUCCUAAGAUCCUAAAAGCUUUCCCAAAAACUCUUCCCACCAAAAUGAAGCCUACUAAAUGCCCAGCAAGAGAAAAAAAAAUGAGGCCAGAAAAGUGAAAAAAGAAGGGUGGAGAGAAAGCGAAAAGUAAAAGUCAAGACUGCUGUGUCACUUUUAAACCCAAAAACUAUGUCGAAAUUUUGCUUUCUGCACAUGCCCGAACUUCGCAAGCUCAUAUUUUGCAUCUGGAUCAGAAGGCCGCCAAGUGUAUGACCUGUAAACCGGUUUGUGGUAAGUUUUAGCCCUUUAUAGCACGACAGUGACCAGAAAACCACUCGACUAGCUUCAAAACGCGUUUUUCGGCAAAAUCUCCAGGAGCGAAUGGGUUAAUUAAGGUGGCUGAACACAGUUUCGCGGGCGGUCAGCGGUAGCGCAUGUUUUAAAUUAGACAAACAAACAUGGCGGCGAAAAAAGCAAUGGUACACAGAAGACGAUUUCUCAAAAUCUACUCAUUAAAAUUUUGUGAUAUUUGGCAGAAUUUUUACUUUUAUCGUAUUUUAAAUAAUGAGAACUUUAAAAUGGGAGUUGAACAGACGAAUUUUGUGACACAUUUAAUAAUAGCAGUACAAUUAUAUUAUUGAUUAUCUAAAAACCCGUCUGUUAAAAUUUGGUCAAAUAAGUUUCAAAUAGUCAUGAUUAAUUAUAGUAAGCUGUGUGCGAGUUUUUAGGAAAAUCUAAUGAGCGAAUUUUAUGUAAACUGAGUAAAAGUGAAAUUUUAAGGUUGUAUUCAAUCGUUCAUGUUGCCAUGGAAACUACGAAAACGUCAAAUUUUGCCUGUCAGUCAAAAUCUUUCAUCAUUAUAUUUUUCACUUGCCAAGUUUCAGCUUGAGAGCUGCAACCUCUCUCUUGCCAUAAUUUGGCAAAUGACCUGUACUCAGAAACUGCCAAAACUGUGUUCAGCCACCUUAAGUCCCUUUAUCAGACCUGCCAUGUAACUUGACUUCCAAGAAAUUCCACCUUAUUUUCCUAUUAUUUGCAGCCAACCAAAGGCCUGAGUGCUCUUCUUGACUGACAAUGUAUGCAAGCACUAUUUUUGAUCUUUGAAGGGGAGACAAUUCUUUUAAAAUGUCACUUCUCUUGUAUAUUAGGCAGGAUUAGCGCAGUUAAUAGAGCUCUUGACUGCAGAGCCAGAGGUCAUAAGUUUAAUCAAUGAUCUUUCAUCUGACACACUUAAAUAAAGUGUAUUUUUUAAAAGUGCAUAUCAUCUGCUCAGAUGCCAAAUAAGAGGCAAAUAAUGCUAUCUGUUCUACACUUGCCCUUGAUAAAAUGGGGACAUUUUGCCCAACCUUGCGCCAUAAUGUAGGACUCUUGGUUUUGACUUACCUUGUAUCUCAUUUUGCAGUGAUAACAGGAACCCAAAGGAGUGGUGUAGUGGGGGCAAGAAGCCGCAUUGAAGUAAUAACUGAAUCUGCAAGGCAAAAGAUUCCUUUUACACAUUUCUUGUGUUUUCCUUUGUAUGAAAGCAACUUGGAAAAGAAAGUUGCUGAGUUCAAAGUAAGAGUACUCAAGGAUUGUUUUGAGGUAGGUUUUUCACCAAACUCAUGUUUCAUUUUUCUCUUCUAUUCUCAAUAAUAAUGUUUUAAACAUGGCUAUGGGAUUUUAAAACCACAAUAACCACGUAAAGUAAAAAACGAUACCACCAAAUUAUACCUAACUAUAAACACAUAUAGUGAACUCUCUCUAAGACUGACACCUUUAAUUUGGGACCUGCACUAAGUAUCCGUCUUAAAGAGGUGUCAGUCUUGGGUCAAAUAAAGGGAGUCAAGAAAGGCAGGGACCAGCUCUAGGUGUCCAUUUGUCAAGGUGUCUGUCUUAUAGAGGUGUUCAUAAAGAGAAAGUCAACUGUAGUAUUUAUAGGGGUUAUUAACGAUAAUUAUUCCUUGAGCCCGAAUGGGCGCUGAGUCAAUAGCCCAUGGGCUAUUGACUCAGAGGCCAUGAGGGCGAGAGGAAUAAUUGUUUUAGUAAAAUCCAACUAGUUGGUUAAAAAUAUCAAAAAUAAAAAAAAAUUUAGCUAGUUAAAGCUAGACUUUAAUCCUUCUUUGCCUCCAAAAAGCGUGCGCUUUUCACUACUAGUAGGCUAUAACAUAUAGCCUAGUAGUAGCUCAACCAAUCAGAAGCCAGCAUUGAUAAUAGACCACUAGUUGGAUUUUACUAAUAAACAAUAUCCACUGUCACCCACAAAUAACUCACAAUAUGGCAAGUUAAACUAAAAUCCCAACCAGCUGGAGGCAAACCAGAGGACUAUUUGAAAAUUAAAACUGUAAUCAACCCUAGCGGCUGGGUAAAGGGGGACUUGAACUCAGGGUGACUUGCGAGCUAAAAUCUGUCACUGUAAACUACUUGGGCAUCCGUCUCUCAAGCCCUUAAUUUCAGUACUUGUAAUCACUGAGGCAUAAUUAUCCAUGUUAUUAUUUCAGUCCCGAGGAAUAGAUGCAAGUAUAUUCCAACUUCCAAGCAAAAUUCACUUGACCAUUGGUAUGCUGACUUUGUUGAGUGACAAAGAUGUGGUAAGGAAAGGAAUGAUUUGUUCUUGAGGGGUGAUGAUACUUCAAACAGCUAAUAAUCAGAAUAAUUUUCACCCUUCCUUCUUGUUACCGUUUUUCUUAGACAACUUCCACCCUCAGAACCUGAUACUAUCUUGGUGGCAUGCAGUAUAUAAUUUUGAAAUGCGGAUCAUAAGAGAGGCAGCUUUGAACAUUUUUCUCUCGCGGCCACACAGGAGUUUUAGUUAGAACCAGAUCACAAUAAAACUGGCUGACAUUAAUAUGGCUAUUCUUGCUUUAAAUAAUACUAAUGACAACCCUGGCCACCUUGUCACUGGCUUUCUAUUCAAAAAACUUAUAAUCCAUUCAAGUCAUUCAGUGACUCUCUCUUGCAAACAACUGCACCCACUUUUGAUUGAUAUGGAAUUUUAAAACUUCCUCUUAUUUGUUGGCAUCCUAGUAGCUUGUGUGAGUGCAAGUGCUAAAGGAAAGCAACAAAAGUAGGUCUGACAGCUACUGUGUCUGGAACAGUGUAUUGAGCAUAUCCCAUAUUACCUUUAGGGACUGUUGCAUGCGCAUUUUUUCCGACAACUUUUCUUGAAAUAGCUGUGUACAGUUAUACACCCCUUAUAACUUCAUCAGCAAUUAAUGAGUGUCCUUUGGUCCAUAACUUUCAAAACAGCUGCUCCACAGAAGUUUUACCUCCCUUUGUUUUAGGGUAUGGUAAUGAGUUUUAACAAAGGGAAAUGAAAAUUAAACCAUGGAUAAAAUUGAACCACGACAUAUGUAUGUACCUCUUGCCAAUCUGUGUCACUUCAGACACAAGUGAUUAGAUUGCCACAAUGGUAAAGCGUCAAUAAACUGAAAAAUUAUUUCACAAUGUUGACCAACAGUUAUGAUACAGUACUCUUGAGUGUUGGAUAGGUGCCCUUUUUGUUGAAAAAUAAUAUUAAUACACAAAAAAAAACCUUGAGAUAUGACUAAACCUCUUGUAAGCAACGAGCACUCUUACUUUACCUACUUUUGAGUGGUGGUGUACAGUUUUCAGAUGUUCUUACUGUAGCAUUUUUUGGAUGGUAAUGGUGAAAAAGAGUUGAAAGAUCACACAACAAAGUGAAAACCAUCAGGUGAUGUCAACUUUAUAAAAUCCUUCUAAAGGUCUGUGCAAUAUUCAUUUUGAGGGAUUAUUGAAACGUACUUGCACAAAGGUCGCACAUUUACAAACAAAGCUAAAUAUAGCAAUCUUUGUAUUGUAGAAAAAUGCAGCAGACUUAUUGUCAGAAUGUUACCAAGAACUUGUCAGGUAUGUGCUUUUAAAAAACAGAGCUGCGAUGUAAUGUUUUUCAGAAAGGACAUGUUUUGACCGACUUGUCCCUGCAGUUGUAUUUUAGCCGGCCCAACCAGAAAUGUUCAUUCAUGUAUAUGUUUUAGCACUAAGCAAAUCUUCAGCGUCAACUCAACAUGAUAGUCAUUAACUGUCCGGUCCUCGUAGCGUACCACAGGUCAGGCUUGAACUUCCCGGUCCUUGUCCUACCACAUGCCAAAAAAUUUUUUAUUUGACCCAGGCAAAUUUUAGGUGUACCUUGUCCAAUGACCAACUUUUAUUUGCAUUCCUGUUUAAGAGUGUACUUGAAAUGCAUCCAUGUUUUGUUAGAGAAUGUAUGUCUCUGCCUCCUUCCUUAUAAAUUACAAUGACUUCAAGUUCUUCUGUAAAUAUUUGACAUCUUUUUUGAAAGAUCUAAGUUUUUGUCAUAAACAUUAUUGUUCAGUAUGAAUAAUAAUUAUGCUUAUUUAGCAAACUUAUGCCCAUAUGCGAAGUCGAAGUGUCCUUACCAACAGUACCCUUGGCAAAAUAUCGCAAUACUAUUAAACAUUUCUACUGAACAAGCAAAGAGGUGUACACAAGAUAAGAGUGGAUUCGCUGCAUUGGUUGACCGUGUAAUCGUCAGUUCAACUCCGUGGUAACAUGAUAACUGGUCCAGGAUUACACUAUAACAAAUACAACUUAUAGGAACUUAUUAGAGAGAUAAUAUAGUUCGUUGUUCAAUACCUUUAGGGAGUAUUUGCAGGACACUGCUGUUGAAAUAGAACUUAAAGGUGUAGAGUACAUGAAUGAUGAUCCGGCGGAGGUCGACGUUUUGUAUGCAAAAGUUCUCCCCAAAGAUGGCUCGGACAGGUGAUACUUGUAAUCAUAAAAAAUGUUAUCUUGUUGUUAUAUGUUGCACUACAAUUUAUCUCUAGAAUUACCUGGAGAAAUGACUGUGUCAUGCUCUUGGAAGUUUUUUACUACAGCACUCUAGCUGAAUAAGAGGAAAUUCAAAAGAUACCACGACGGCGAAGGCAGCGAAAACGUCACUUUUUAGCCAGAACUAAAAUUGAAGCUUGCACUUACAAUUUUCUCAAACAAAAAAUAAAAUCGAGCAAUGUUAAACGGCGACGGCAACGAGAACUGCAAAAAAAACAAUAGUCUAAUUAGCAACAAAAAACAACUUUGCACGUGCAGCACACUUUUUUGUUAAUUUCUUUGCCGUUGUUUUGCACGACCACAGCGUAAAACUUUCUAGUUACACAUUUUAUGGAAAACAAGUGUCCUAUGUGCUCACCAAAGAUUUGUUGCUUGUGUUCCUGUUCGCUUUUCUUUUUCGCUGCCGCUCAUUUUUACCUUGCUAGCUUCUCCUUGCCAGCCACUAGCAUUUCUCAUUUUCUAACGGCUGGCCGAUACAAAAUUUUCACGUUGUCUUUCCAGCAAAAUUCGUCUCCUUUGUUUUUUUAUCUCUCGCUCUCGCUCUUUCUCUGUUAUCCACGUCAGUCUAGACACUAAAACUUAGUCGAAAAAAGACUGAACUUAAUUGUUGCUUUUUCUCUCUGAAAGUCCGGGUGGCCACGCAAUUUCGCGCCAAAAACCUCGAGUUCCAUUUGGGUUGCCAUACCUGUUGAUUGAAUUAUUUUACAUUGGUAUACCUGCGGUGCGGACGGACGCGGGGCGGGUGGACGUACGGUCACGUGACUACCAAAAUUUCUCGGAUGCAUAGAUAACCAUAAUUAACCAAAUAACAGUAAAACCAAUUAAAACAAAAGCACGAGAAGGCAUCAUUCAUGACGCACAUAAAAAAACAGCCUGGAUGACAGACCUUUCUACAACUUCCGUCAAUUUUUUUCCCUUAUUUGAUUCUUACAUGAUACAAGUGUACUACAAUUCCUUAUAGUAGAUGAUAACGUCGCUUAAAAAGUGAAUUAACGGUCUUUCAAUUUUUAUCACAAUUAUUUUAACUCACUUACUUUGUCAAAUGUAGGCGAACUCUCCUAGAGUUGAAUUCCAAAGUUCCAAGUUCAGAAAGGGAAAGAAAAGUUCCUAGUAACUUGUUUAUGUCCUCCAUAAAACCAGAAUUAAGACGUGUGCUGCACGUGCAAAGUUAUUGUUUUGCCUAUGAGACCUAUUGCUGUUUUGACGUUCAGGUUGCCGUCGCCGUCGUCGCAUCGUAAAGUCCCUAUUGCAGCAAAGUGUGUUGUAAAGCGAUGUUGCGCGUUUUACCAUAACCAACCACGUUCAAACCUGUCUUACAGCAAAUCAGGUUGUUGCAUGUUGCACAAACACUGACCUCUGAUUGGUUAAAGUCAAGCGGGAGUUAUGCCAUACACAGGAUUUACGUCACUUGCUGCAAAGCUAGUCUGCCUUGGACCGGUAAAACGCGAAAUGAGUACAUACUAUGUUACUCUCUACUUUCCGCAGCAACUUUCGCAACUUGCGACAACCUGAUUUGUUGCAAGGCAGGUUUGAUUCCUGGGUCGUAAAACGCGCAACAUCGCUAUUCAUCUCGUUUUGCAGCAAUUUUGCAUAACAAGUUGCACGUUUUCAUUAAAAGUUAAUAGCGAUCUAAGGCCCCGUCCACACCUAAGUUGUGACAAUAUAACAUCGACCCAGGGGAGGUGUUGUGUCCAGCGGUUUUAGUGAAAAACAAGGGUUUGUUGGUGUUGCUCAGUGUCGCGGGCUCACAAAAUCUCCUACAGGUCGAUCUUAUCAUUGUUUUGUAUUUGCCCCACGCUUAUCCCGAUAUUCUUGAAAACGGAGAAAAAAUCUCCGUUUUCAAACAUAUUCGGAUACAAGUGGACACGGCUUAAGUUUGGUAAAGAUAAUUAUAACCGUCUCUAUAUGAUAAAAAUAAAAAAAUCGUUAUUCAAUACUCGUAAAAAAGACCUAUGUACAGUGGUUCACUUAAAAAGAAUUAAAACGAAAUUUGUACCUCAACAUCUGUUAGAAAAAAAAAGAGAAAAGAUCAUAAUGUCUCAGUAUCUCUUGAAAUAUAAUCCACGAAAAUGUUUCUCUUCUAAUUAUUAUUACCAUUGCUUUUAGCAAUCACUACCAAUAUUUAACGUCUUUUCACUAAUUCUUCUUUAAAAUCUGCCACGAUUUCAACAUGAACCAACAACGAUAAGAAUAUUAAAUGGUAGGAAUAAUUGAAUAUGCAAUAUUCAGUAUCUUUUAUAUGUCUUUUAAUUUAGGCUCCAAAGGCUGGCUGAUGCAAUUGUUGAGAGAUUUGUAUCGAAGGGUUUGAUGAAAAAACAGUAUGACCAAGUCAAGCUACACGCAACUGUCAUGAAUUCCAAACUGCGCAACACUGAUGAACAAACCCCAGCUAAGAAAAGCCGAACAGAUGUGCCCCCCAGAUUUGUAAAGAAAUUAUCAUUUGAUGCAAGGAAAAUUAUUUCGGUAAGGCUACAUACCUGGGGGAUCCCCAUAAUGGUCUAUAGAGGGAGGCCCCGCCCAAAAGGGGUACUCUUUUCAGGCUUUUGGUUUUUUGAAAGGGUAGGGAGUAUAUGAAAGGGUAGGAAAAUAUAUCCUUUCGGUCUGUAAAAAGACCCAAGAGGGAUUGUAACUGAUGCAUUUUAUGGCUAUGAUAGAGUUAGACGUGAAAACGUCCUGGUUAUAUGAUAUAUUCAUAUUUUUAAGACAUUACAUUUACAUAUCAGUUAAAAGGAAUUCAAAGUUCUAAGCUGGGUGUGUGAAACGGGGAACCAUUUUUCAAUAGAAGGUUAUACAAAAGGAGUUGCUUUUCUAUUAAAAAUGGUAUAUAAAAGGGUACAGGGUUUGGACCUCAGGGGAGACUCCCUGCUUAAAAAUUGGUUGAUCACUCGAGUCAUAUACUUCAAACGUCAAUGAGAUAAGUCGGUUCGUGCGUCGUCGUCUCUGGACCUGUGCUUUUAUCACUGCACCACUCUUGCUCCUAAAUGAUGAGUUUCAUUUGUUGCAUGUUUUGUCUAUAACUUUCAAUCUAUUUCUUUCAUUGUUUGCAGUUAUUUGAAGACUUCAGCUUUGGUGAAUACCAUCUAGGCACAAUUCAUCUGUCUACAAGAGGACGCUAUGAUGCCGAGGGACAUUAUGAAUGUGCUGCAUAUGUCCCCCUACCUUGACUCAGUUCCCUGCCUGCGAACCUUUACAUGCGAUCUUGGACAUCACUUUUCGUGGAAAUUUCACAACUCCCGAAUGAAUGGUUUAUUUUUGAAAAGAAAACUUCUUGACUUUCAAUGUGUAGACGGUAACCAAUCAAAUCGCUCGAAAAUCGAAACCAGAGUUAUGUCGCCUGAAAUGUAUAGUCAUGUGACUCAUGUUCGAAAUUUUAUCAGCUGUAAUACAGAGAAUAACGUUGAAUAAAGCAGUGCGUGUGAUGCGGGUAUAUCUUGUUCUUUAGGCCAUGUUGAGACAAAACGGUAGCGAUAAAUCAGUAAUAUACAGUAGAAACCGGCGACUAAGAAGCAGCUGGUUUUUAAGAACCUGCUAUGCUUAAAUUUCCUAGUUAGAGCCCCUCUUUACAAGAACCUGUUGAGCCUAAAAUUUGAAACAUGUUCUUAUUUUCUUAUAUCUAUAUUUAAAAAAAUCUGUACAGGAUACUCUUUGGAGACAUAGGUGCCUCGUUUCUUUAACUGCAAUUAUAAUGGUAUACAGGUUUCACCUCUAGUAAAGAAUGAGAUGAAUACCACUAAAUACUCUUAGCUACAAUGUAUUGUUUCUUCAGAAGAUAAAAACCUUUUUAAGAACCAAAAUAGCCUAAAUUUGUGCUAAUUACCAUUUAUGUAAGAAUCUGUUUAGCUUUUCUCCGGAAAAUGCAGCUUUUCUUAGUCGCGGGUUUGUAGCGUAUCUUGAAGAGACGAAAAAAGCUGGAUAAAUUUGUAAUAGGAUGCUGGGAUACUAUUAUUUGUAGGCAGUUAUUUGCAGGUCACGUGCUGUGCUCUCGGCCAAUGAAAAGGAAGAAAAAUUUUUACGGAACGAUGAUAAUACCAUUAAAUUGCCCCAAACCGCCAGGAAGCUGCAAUAAGGUUUGUUACAUUGUGUGGUGGCAAAAUGAAGAAAGAUGGUAAAGGAUACGCUCGGUGAAUCAGCUAAAGAAAAAAGAUUGGGACUGUCGUUGAAUUUUGGGUUUUGUGACCAUAUGAAGUGAAAAGUGAACGCUAAUAAAACAAGCUUUUAGUUGUUAGUACUUCACACAAGCAGAGACAGUUCCACUUAAAUUUUGGUAUAAAAUCAAAACAACAGUUUGGUAAAUUCCAAGCCAUAUUUUUCACCAGUUGAACUACAACGCUGUGAAGUUAAGUUCCACAAAUUGUUAAUUUUUAAAUUCACUCUUGGGUGUGGUGGUAUGAACCAACAAUUUAAAAUCUCAACUCGAUCUGAUGAAGGCCAGUUGGUUCGUCGCUGAUUUGGUUGCUAUAAAGAGGUUUACUUUAUCAUUGCCAGUCAACUUUAAGGUCAGUCUGGUCAAUGUGUCUUAACCUUCAUCCGCUGACACUAAAAAAAUUUGUCGUAUUUUCAAAGCGAUUUCCUACAUACUUUUAUCUUCUUUUCUUUCGGAAGGUCAUCACUGGUUAGAAUUUGAGAAUGAAAGAAGUGUUAUUGCAAAAAUAAAUGUGCAGUAUUAAAAUUAUACGAUUACAUCUCGAUCUACGAUGUAAGAAUCAAAAUAAUCAAUAGAGGCAACGCAAUAUACGCCAUAAAUUAUCUAAUAAAUGAUAAAAAAUCCCCCUUUGAAGUUUUUAUGGUGGUUUCUCACGCCCGGGCAAUUUAAUCUAUGAUCAAAAACCGCGAAGAUGAAAGCCAUCCGUAACACGCUUUUUGAAUUAAUAAUGGUUGCAAUAAUUUACAGCAAUAUUUCCUAGAAAUGAACGAUUCUUUGAUAUCAUGCCAAAAAAUCUUUAAAAUGUAUUCGCAAAAGUAGUUUUGUAAAAAAAAUGAAAAUUUGAAACAAAAUUUAAGAUUGAGGAUUCAAUACGUGACGUCAUACGGCAGAUGGUAUUCAAUCCUCAAAGAGAGAUAACAUUCUCUAUGGGUAUACUUUUAAUCCAAAAUUUACUGAAUAAUACUCAAAGUUUGAAUUUCAAAAACUGGUCAAGAGUGCUCAUUAAACUUUAAGCGCCCAAGUUAUUAUUAGCUCUUUGUCUUAUGGCUUUCAAAGAGUGUACUGAAAUGGAUUUAACUUAAAUUUUCUUUUAUUCUGCCGCAGUCAUUGUCUUCUAGAGAUUGUGCCCGGUUGUUUUUUCAUAGGAAAGAAAAUUUUUUCUUUACAUGCACACCUGUUUUCAUUGAAUAACAGUUAACUUGCAAAAUGCGUGGGGAGAAGUUUUCGCACCUGGGACACCAACAGCGGGAAAGUAAUCUUUUAUAAAUCAGAUGUCGACAACCUAAGCUGCUAGUACUACGAUCAAUACGGAGCAACGGAGGCGGUUUCAGCGAAAAAAAGGGUGAGCGGUAGAAAAAAAAUUCUGAAAGCUCUGUUGCUCGCAAACGAGCGAAAUACUCAGGCACUUAACGCCCGUCAGUUUUCCGUCAGCAAAUUGGUUUUGAGUGUGGAUAUUCACGUUACAAGAUGUCUAAACGUCGUGUUAUUCUUUGGACUGCACCACGAUGUGUUUCAACAGCGUUUGAGAGAUCGAUAAUGACGCUGAAGAAUUCAAAAAUUUUACACGAGCCGUACUCAGCAGCCCAUUAUUUCGGCACAGAGAGACAAAGCUCUAGAUACGAAGCCCAAGAGAUCAACCAGCAGGCAACCUACCGCUCAAUAAGUAAACUGCUUCAGAAAGAGUACGACGGAAGUGAUUUCGUCUUCACCAAAGAAAUGGCUUACUGCCUAGAAAACAAGUUCCACAUCUUCACAGAAGAAGGUUUUAAGGACUUUCAACACACAUUUCUGAUCCGCCAUCCUCUUAAGGCAGUUUACUCAUUGUACAAAGCUUCUACAAACCCGAAGCUUACUGGAUGGGAUUACUUCGAUCCCGCAGAAGCGGGAUUUCGCCAGAUGGGGGAGCUGUGUGAGUUUGUCGAGAGGCACAUUCACAGCAACCCCAUAGUCGUGGACGCAGACGAUUUGUUGGAUUAUCCGACUGAAAUGAUGCAGAGCUACUGUGAAGCUGUUGGAUUAGAGUUUGAAGAGAACAUGACUUCCUGGGAGCCAGGGCCGGUUCCUGAAUGGGAUGUUUGGGCCGGAUGGCAUGAAGAUGCACUGAAGAGUUCUGGGUUCAAAGCUAGAGUCAAGAAGAACAGAAGUCGCCCAUGCGCUGUGUUCGAUGUUGAGGAUCUCCCACCGGAAGUGGCGGCUGUUGUGGAAGAGUGCAUGCCUUACUAUGAAUCGCUGUCAGCGAAAAAACUUUUACCCAAGAACAUUCCAGUUUUUUAA